CGUACCUGUAGACAUCGACCUUGCAACCAGUACAGAUGUGACUGCGCAUACUGCACGCUCCACGUUCCGAAUAUGAUCCGCAUAUACGCGUGCUCCACGACAAGACAGCCGCAAUGCCGUCUAUCGAGGAGACUAAGAGGCAAGUAAAGGCGGGUUUGGAGGGCCAGCGGCGGCAGCAGCAGCAGCGACAUGAAGUAGAUCACGAUGCCAUUCUUGCCAGUCUGUGGGACGAGAUUGACAGCCAUAAUGGACAGCACGAGGAGCUACAUACGUCACGACGACAUGAAGAAGAACAUCAACAGCGUCAGCGCGGCCACGCCGACAGGAAGACUUCGAGAUUUCGCUUCAAGGACGGUGCAGAACCCAGGAAGCGCAGGCAUCGAUCACGAGAGCGCGGGGGUGAGGGUGAGCAUCGCAGUCGGCGCAAGCGCAGGAAAGAGCAACAUAAUCGAGAACAGUCAAACGAGGCUGCGCACCCAUUUCCACGCGAACCAGCAAACCCCGAUCGGAACGAAUAUGAGAAUCCGAAUGUCGCCUUCCAAGAAUCUCUCUUCGAUGCGCUAGCCGACGACGAGGGGGCAGCGUACUGGGAGAGCGUGUACAGCCAGCCCAUUCACGUAUUCCCACGGCCAACAGUUCAGACCGCCAACGGCGAGCUCGAGGAGAUGAGCGACGAACAGUACGCGACCUACGUGCAGACCAAGAUGUGGGAGAAGAAGAAUCCGCAUAUCGUACUCGAGCGUCAGCGGGCAGAGAAACAGAGAAAGGAAGCCGAGGAAGAGAAAGCGAGGCAGCGAGAAGAAUUUGUGCGCCGAAAGCAGAGAGCCGCGUGGGAGCGUGCGCAGAGUGAAGGUGCGAGGAAGUUCGCAGGGCUGGACGGUGAUGAUAAAGAGUAUGAGUACAUUUUUGAUUUCAAGGACAUGGAGCGUCCGACGCAAGAGGAUCGGACAGUGGAGGAACAGGAAUACCGCACGGCAUGGAAGGAAUAUCUUACCGCAUGGGACAAACUCAAGCUCGAGCUGCUGGAAACAGACGGAACGCUGUCCGAAGAGCCAAUUGAAUCGAAGCAAACGAGACGGCCUCAUUCAAAGCGCAUACCAUGGCCGAUAUUGCAGUCGAAAGCUCUGACUAGACCGAAUAUGGAGGACUUUAUGCGGCAUAUGCUGCUCGAGCCAGGAGGUCCGAGCAAAGAACAGAUGCUCAAGUCGGAGCGUGUGAAGUGGCAUCCAGACAAGGUGCAGCAGCGCUUUCGUGGGGAAGUGGAUGAGGGCACUAUGAAGAUGGUGACUGGUGUCUUCCAAGUGGUUGACGCACUGCUGGAAGCCGAGCGGAAGCGCUGAUGUGAGCUCAAGUCGGUAAAUGAUAUCAUGGCGUGUUCCCUCCUUGCUCGAUACAGAAGGUACAUAUUUGGUGUAAGAUACGAGUUCAUACCCUCAGGCUCCAGCGGCAAUGGCUUCAAAAGUCUCGUCCGAUAUGGUGGACGAGUGUCAGAGGUUUCGAAAAUAUCUUAGUGUCUCGGGACCCGUUCGUU